GUCUAUCUGUUAUCUCAACGCAUCCUCUAGCUUCUUUGGUUAUCUGCGCUUACAGCUCCGCUAAGCGAAGUUUGGCGCCUAUCUAUGGAAAUAAAUCUACGAUGGAUGAAGGGAUCAUGCUUAGACUCAAACUGCAACAGCGAGUUCCAAAACAAUAUUAUUAACUAGGCUCUAUCCAUAAACUCGUGGAAUUCGCUAGUGCUUUACUAGCGACUCUUUUUAACACAACCUACCCUAUAUCUCUCAAGUGCUAGAAAUUCCAAACGAGCGGAUUAGAAAUGACAAGCAUCGGCUAUAAAAGCCUCUCUCGAGAGUAUUGCCCGUCACUCAGUCCGGGAAAAUGUUAUCGUUCAAGCUAAUAAUCGUGCUUGCGCUUGGUGCUACCAGUCUCGCCAAAUCGAUUUCCAAUAACAGAAUUGUGGGAGGUGAGGAAGCCAGAGCGCACGAGUUCCCAUACCAGGUAUCGCUGCAGUGGAAUUACAACAACGGAGAGCCUCCGCGGCAUUUUUGCGGCGGAUCACUGAUCGCGGAAAGCUACGUGCUCACGGCUGCACAUUGUACCAUAUCUGGCGUAACGACUGAUACUUGGCUGGAGGUGGUUGCCGGGCAACAUGAUUUUCGGCUUGUCGAUGAGAACGUCCAAAGGCGCCGAGUAGCGGAGAUGUUCGUACAUGCAAAUUUCAGUGUAGAGGAAGUUGGACCAUGGGAUGUUGCAGUGCUGGAGGUUGACGAGCCGUUUCAACUGACAAAAGCCGUGCAGUUGAUUGCGCUACCAGAGAUAGGAGAGCUCCACCACGGGGUGGGAUUGGUUAGCGGAUGGGGAGGAGUAUCGAAGGACUUUUUCCCCGAGAUGCCGAAUGUUUUGAUGAAAGCUGAGCUACCCAUCUUACAGUGGGAAGAAUGUCGAGAUAUAUGGGAAAAUGAGCGCAUACACGAGAGCAACGUUUGUGCCGGAACGAGAGAAGGCCUGAGCAACACCUGUUCGGGGGAUUCCGGAGGGCCACUGGUGCAAUUCACGUUCGAUCAUUUCGUGCAGGUAGGAAUCGUUUCCUGGGGUUCCGUACCAUGUGGUUUACCGAAUACCCCCGGAGUAUUCACCCGCGUGUCCUACCAUACCGACUGGAUUCGAGAACAGAUGACCCAAGGCGGAUGAAUGAAAAAAAAAGCAAGUGUGUAAUGGAUUGAAUAAAUACAAUUUUGGUCCGAUCAAAAGAUAAUGUAA